UUCGUCCGGGUGGACACACGGAUGCAAGGCCGAAAUGAGAUAAAAUAAAUGGAUUCCAUUUAAAAGUGCACCUCUGGCAACAACAUGUGCAAAGUGCCAACCUUGAGAUGUUCCCACUCACAGAGGAGCGGCAAGAUCACCCUUCUGCACUAUGCGAGGUAAUAGGUAAACAUCUGUAAACUCUUGAGGAGAAGUUGUCAUUUUAUUUCUCUUCAACCUCCACUGAAUGCCUUGACUGCUGUUGGAAAGGACAUGACUUUACAGGAGCAGGAGGAACUAACUGAACUGAAACAAGAUCGUGGUUUAAAGCUAAGAUUUGCUGAACUUCCUUUGGACAGUUUUUGGUUGACUGCUGCCAAGGAAUUCCCCAUUCCGGCCAACAAAGUUUUGACAUUGCUCCCAUUUUCCACAACAUAUGUGUGUGAGCUGAGCUUUUCAAGCCUAACUGCUAUAAAAACUAAAAACAGAGAGAGACUGAAAGCUGCUGAAGAGCUUCGUGUAUGCCUUUCUUCAAUUCCUGCCAGGAUACCGGCUUUGUGUUCAUCUAAACAGGCCCAGGUUUCACUCUGAGAAGCUGCCUUAAUCACGAUGAACCCAGGCUACGCAGGCAGGACCGAGCUCCGGGACAACCUGGAGGCUGCUUCAGAUCCGUCUCCAUGAUUGUGCCCGACCACGCCGUCAUCGCAGAGGUGUGCUCGGGUGCCGUCAUUCAUUACAUUAUGUAAUGAACGCAAUAACGGAUGUAUUCUGGCGUGUUACAGAACCGUUUCACGUUGUCUUUUUUGCUGUAGGUGGACUUGUGAGCUGAGGGCUUCAAAUCCAGUGAGACUCUGGCGAAGAAGAUGAUUCAGCUGUAUAAGCUGUGCAGCAAGCAGCUUUCCCGGCAGGACCACUACGACUUCAGCAUGAGAGUCGUCAACUCUGUUAUCGUCAUGGCCGGGUAUGUCCGUCUACGAACAGGGUGAACAUAUUAGAUUAGAUUAGAUUAGAUUCAUCCGUUGUUUUUUCUAAAUUGUUAAUUAAAACUAUCUAUAAAUGUAACAGAUGUCUUGCUGGAAUAAAUCGAGCGUGUGUGUGUGUGUGUUCCAGGUCUCUGAUGCGAGAGAACCCACACCUGAGUGAGAACGUGGUGUUGAUUAGAGCGCUACGAUACUCCAACCUGCCCAAGUUACUCAAGGAUGACGCAGAACUUAAAAUAAAAUAAACUGAUAAAUAGUAAAGAACGCCAAAGCUUACAUAUGGAGUAUCAAAGGUCAUUAUCACAGGAUCACUGGAAUCAGGCACUAGGAGGAAAUUCCAGGACAAAUUAGGAAGUACAAUUAACUGACAUUUGCAAAUUCUUUGCAACUAAAAAGCUGUAAUUAUAUACUAUAUAACUUUUUUUAAAGCAUUUAAAGUAUAUAACAUUAGCACCUUGUAAUGUUAUACCAGAUGAAAGUAAAGAAUCCUGGAACAUCUGAACAUCCAUAAUCUGAAAAUCUUGAACCUAGUGUCAAUCGAGUCAAUCCAAUCCUUCUUGUGUGCGUUUAACGGUAUUCUGUCGGACCUCUUUCCUGGUGUGGGCGUCCCCGAGCAUGACUACGGCGCGCUUCAGUCGAACAUCGAGGCAGCUCUAUGCGCCCGCUCCCUGCAGCCCGUCUCCAGCAUGACCGCCAAGGUGAUCCAGCUGUACGAGACCAUGCUGGUGCACCAGGGCGUCUUGCUGGUGGGCCCUACAAGAGGCGGUAAGACCACAGCGUACCGUGCCCUCGCUGACGCACUGCGCACCCUCCAUGAGACAGAGGGCUGCGAGGUGAAUCUCUUAUACAAGCCCAUCGAGACCGACGCGCUCAACCCGCAGUCAGUGAGCAUGGACGAGCUGUAUGGUGAAGAAAACCCUCUCACACGGGAGUGGAGUGCCAUCAAACCGUCCCUCGGCAAUGACAUCGCUGACACGCACAAGUGGGUGGUGAGUGACGUACCUGUGGACGUGCCUGUGCAUUGAGAAAAUUACCCCCGUGUUGGACAACAACAAGACACUCUGUCUGGCUAACGGUGAAAGGAUCAAGCUCACACCUUCUACACACGUUAUUCGAGGUGUUACCCAUCAGAGACAGGUAGCACUGGUCCUAAAAACCAUCACAAACAAGCACAAGCAUGUCAUUUCCAAGAAGAUUUUUUUUUUUUUUACGUUAAACGCGUUCCUGAUGGAAAGGUCACACACAAACGUAUCUUUAAGACUUCACUCUUUCACACGCCUAUAACGAGCGAUAAAUGCAUUCGAAGCAUGUUAUAAAGCCUCCGUAAUGCAUUACGCAUAGUAUUUAAAUAAAUAUUAUUAUAAUAACAUGCACUACACUACAUUAUGCAUUAUGAAGUCUUAACGUAUUGUUAACACGUCUUUACUGUGAGCGGGAUGAUGACCAGACGCAGGCAGGCUCCCGGGUACUCAUAUCCGUAGACGUACUGAUACAGAGCCAUUCUGGCCACGCACUUAUCCAGAUCCACGUCCCAGUAUUAGCACAGCUGCCUCUGCCAAUCAAAGUUACUGCUCGAGUCCACCUACGUGAACACAUACACAAAGACAUGUGAUAUAUACACAAUCUCAUUGUAUACGAAUUGGGCAUUCUCGCUGACGAUAUAGCAUGGAUAGUUUAUAAUGAGUGCGUUCAUACUGUAUAAACCUGGGAACUGAUCUGCAUAUGCACUGCUGUCAGAGCUGCAGUUAUUUUUAAAAGAUUUAUUAACAGCUUCUGACCAAUCAGAUCUGACCACACCCAUGAUUCCCUUCGCUCUGAAGAGAAGGUGUGUAGCUGUCUGUACCCUUUCAUUGAUGAGCUCGGUGACGAUGUCUCUGGCAUAGACAUCCACAGUAAUGAGAGCUGUGAUGAUGCUCUGAUGUAUUUUGGGUAAGUUACCCUGAACCAGAGUGGCCAACACAUUCAGCCUCUGCAUAAACACACACACACACACACAGAGUAAUACCCGUACAUUACCACAUAUUACACCAUUCACCAUUAUGUCAUGUAAUCAGAGAAGGAAAUCUGAACUACAGUUCCCAGCAGCCACUGCAUCACAGUCACAUGACCACCUGCACCUGGAUCACAUUCCUGGUAAGCACUUGUGUAUUUAGCCAGUUUUCACUGCACUCUUUGUCUCACGUUUGUCUUUCUUUACCUUUGUCCCUGGUGCUGUGUUUUUCUCUUUGGUUUAUGUUUAGUCUUUGCCACAGUGAUUUGCCCCAAUGUCAGUGUCUUUUGUAUUUUGUUAAGUUCUUUAUUAAACUUGAAAAAUCUG